AUUCGUGCUGCGCGUCUCGCCUGUGCCGGUUGUCUGCUGUCUUUCUCCUGCCUCUCUCUCUUGCCCAGCCACCUACCGCCCUACCCCCACAACACACACAAACAGACUCAUACUCUGACAGUGGAAAUGUUAAACAAAGACAAAGGCAGUAACACACAAGCAAACACACAUAGAAACAGUAACAAACACAGUGCUCCAGCUAAAUAAGUGCAAAAAUCAUACAAAAAUAUUCCAGACAAAAUAAAAUACGAACAAAAAAAAAGAAAAGUGAACAAUCAGCCGAAAAACUGUGGGGCCCAGCCAAUGCGUCAUUCCCGCAGUCGCUCAAUCCGGCAACAAGAGCUAUCGCCACAGACACGAGCAUUCGCACUCACAUUCGCACUAGCACAGUUGCAGCUACAAAGUGCGAACGACAGGCCCAGACAUCGCACCCAUACACCCGGAUUGGGGAUUAUGGAACCGAGAUUUUGCUCAAGAGAUCGGAACUAAGGCGCUCGAGAAGUUAGCAGGGCAGUGCGGUACUUGAAACAAGUUUCUAGAAUUUCAACUACUUCAAUAGAAAGUACACAGGCCUUGGCCCUUGGAUACUAAGUAUCUUGCUUAAAUAUGAAACUCCCAACUUAUUCGAUGACAUCUUAACAUUCAAGUUCUAAAGUUCAAAUUCAAAAUGUUUCGAAUGAAUUAAGAGCAAUGCAUCCAUACAAAGCAAUGACACCUUCUGAUAAACCGAAAUCGGAGCUAGCAAUUCCUGCACCGAUUUUCGCCCAGUGUAGAUUGGCAGACAGCAGGCAGACUGAAAGCGCAGUGGGAGGGUCGCCACACAGUUAUCAGUCUCAGUCGCAGUCUCGUUCUCAGCCCCAAACGCAGACUCAGUCUCAGUCUCAGAAACUGAAACAGACUUAAAAUCAGACUGCGACUGAAGCUGAGACGCCGCUGUCGGCGUUGUCUGGAAUUCGUAUUGCCCAUAUGCGAACUCACACACACACACACUCACUUAGACACCGUGUGCCACACGCCCAUUUGCACACAUGGCCAACCGGAUGUUGCAGCCAUCUUUGUCAUCGUUUUCAAUCUCAGCCUUGGCUAAGGUCGCUCCUGCCAUCCGAUGUCCCAUCAACCAGAAAGAGACAGGAGCAGUAAGCGAGCGAGCGAGAAAGAGCCGGGUGGCUGGCUGGCGUUGCCGUGAAGUCGUGAAUUUAUAACAAAACGCUAGACUCGGCGACUCUGACCGACUGGUUUGGCGUGUUGGCCCGGCUGAAAUGUUUUUUUUUUUUUUUAUGGCUAUAACAAGCAAGCAGAGCAGCAACAACUGAAUCAAAAGCAUAAAAAUGCCGCAACCCAAAAACCCACUACACAAAUUCUGAAUGGGCAACAUCUGAAUAUUCGAGAUGAUCGAAAACGAUGGUGAGAGGGAGAGGGGUGGAGAACCGGCGAUAAGGAAGUGCGGAUGUCUUUGGGCUCCUGCUUGGACUUGGAAGAUGGAAAUCUUAAUCCAAACGAAUGGAAAUGGAAGUCGAGAAGCACAGCCCACACGCACACAAACACAUACACAUAGAGAAGGACUUCUUGGGAACCAAGGUACUUCCGGAAUGGAUGGCCCGACUCCUGACUCCUCCUGGUCCUGCCAGCUGGAUCCUCCGGUCUGAACCAACUUGACGCCGGGAUCUUGGCGCAACUCGAGUCGGACGCUUCAGAUAAGAACUUCGUUCGUCCGUCGAAGAAUAUUUCCGGAUUCAGGAAUCAGGCCAACUUGUCAACAGAGCGGCACGCCUAAUGUCCUUUUGAUAGGCCCGCUAGCCGCUGCAGGAAGCGGCGACCGGCAGGAGGAAGUGGUGUCCACUGCAGCGGCGCCAGCGCUUGAUAAAUUAUCAUGUGAGCGGAGGGCAGGAAGACGGAGGGUCAGGAGCCGGAGGAAGUGGCAGGAUGCGGCUGGCAGCUGCAGCAAAUGAUGCUGCAUAGAACUAACCCGUUCACCUGCGACAAUUUUUAAUCUAUUUUAAAUGUGAUACGAGACCAUGGUAAUGGUACGGUGCGACCGGAUGAUGGUUCACAACGACCGUGUCAUUUAAACGGGUCGGUGGGACUUUCGUCCGUUUGUAACGCCAUUUGUCAACGAUUUAUCAGUGUCCGUUUCGAGAAUUAUUUAUGAUGCUGUCUUGCACCUGCC